CGGCUUUCUUUCUGUUUGAGUUUUUUGUUUGGUUUUUGUUAUUUGCAACUGGGUUGGCGUUUUUCAUUAUGGGUGUUUGUGUCAGGUUCACAGCCGAUAAAAGUAUUUGAUAUGGCAUGAGCGAGCACGGCGGACUGGUUUUCUUUUCUUUCUCUUCUGAUCAACAGCAUUAUUUUCAGCGAGCAUUGCAGCAUUGCGUUGCAUCAGCACCAGCCAUUUUCAUUCUUCUAUUCUUCGGAGCUUUAUUUUACAUUUUUGCAUUGGGUUCUCGUACCCUUGGAUGGCAUUUUGGUUUUGUUCUUUUUUACUGUUGUGUUUGAUUUUAGUUAGGUAGACAGAUAGAUACCCUCGAUUUG